AUGAGUGACGAAUUCGAUAGUUGGCAGCUAGAAGGACGUAAGUACAUGCGAGAUGUCGCUGUGCAGCGUCGCUCGCGCCGAGAUACGAAACAAGCGAGGUCGAGUCACUGGAACAAAAACCCAAAACCUAGUGAGCCGCGCAGUCGAGGUUGUAAAAAACAGACUAUCGCAGCAGUCAACGGAGACAGUUGUUUUUGUGAUUUAGAAGUUGAUGACAAUGAGUCCGACAGCAAAAAUUGGAAUCUUGCGGCACUCGAUCAAGGCACGCAGUGUGAUAUGCCUAUCCCGGAAAUGGCACCAAGAGCUAUCACUAGCUUCAGUGGAUACGCUGCCAAAUUGGCGAGGUUUUUGGGUUUUGGAUAUAGCACUUUGGAUCAGUUGUCAUCAACGACAAACUUGGCGCCCGAUGACUUCGAUUUUAUCCAUGAUGAGAACCAGGAAGAAGAUUGGGUAGUACUAACAACAUGAUUCC